AUGGACCGACAUCUCAACAACACGAUCCGUGACUGGCGUACGAUGCCCCCAGCGCCUCUGGAGAGCACGGUCUACGGGGAUGGACACAAUGGGACCAGGUGCUUUGCAGAACACAUCCCUGAAAUCGUCACUGGUAGCAUCACGCUGCUUAUUUGCCUGUGUGGGCUGGUGGGGAACGGGGCCAUCCUCUGGCUCCUCGGCUUCCGCAUCGGGAGGAACCCCUUCACCGCCUACCUCCUGAACCUGGCCGUUGCGGACACCUGCUUUCUCCUCUGCACAUCGGCUUUCCUUGUAAUAUAUCAUAUGCCCAUGCUCAGCUGCUUUCAGGCAGAGCUUUUGCGGGUGCUGCCGCUAUUUCACUCCAUGGUUCUGCUCACGUACAGCACCAGCCUUUAUCUCCUCACGGCCAUCAGCGUGGAGAGGUGUCUGGGUGUCCUGUGGCCCUUCUGGUGCCGAUGCCACCGCCCGAAGCUCCUGUCAGCCGUCACGUGCAGCCUGCUGUGGGCCCUCGCCUGCGUGCUUGCGGGGCUGGUGUACUAUGUGUGCGAUUUGGGGCACUCUGACCACUGCUGGAUGGUUCUCGGAACCUUGUGCUUUCUCAACUUCUUCUUUUUCAUUCCCUUUAUGGUUCUUUCCAACGUGAUACUCUUCAUCAAACUUAGGCGUAGCUCUUGGCAACACCAUCAAGUGAGGCUGUACACUGUCAUCUUCCUCACUGUUUUCUUCUUCCUCCUCUUCGGCAUCCCGCUCAGUGUCCAGAUCUUCCUCAACUACUUUAUCUACAUUAAUUUUGUCUUUGAGAUCUGCCUGUUGCUGGCCUCUGUCAACAGCAGCAUGAAUCCCAUUAUUUAUGUCCUGGUCGGGAGCUACAGAAAAUGCAGGUUCAGGGGAUCCGUCAAAGUGGCUCUUCAGAGGGUCUUUGAAGAUAGAGCAGAUUCCCAAGAGGCGGGUGAGACCCCUGUGAUGGGAAUUGCUGCCUAA